AGGGUCCCGCCCCCGCGGCCACCGCCAGUAGAGUCAGAGCCAGCGAGCGAGAGAGGAGCGCACAGAGGCAGCGCGGCCAGAGGAGCGCACAGCGGGAGCGCGGCGGGCACCGGGGGCGCGGGGAACAAGCUGAAGAGCCAGCGGCUGUGGUCUCCCUCCUGGAAGGCGGGCGGAGCAGAGGCAGAGCCAGCCGUGGAGACGCCGGGGGCAGCGGGCCGCGCCAGGCUGGCAGCCCUUUCUUCCGGGGGCCGCCUGGUGCCAGGCCCAAACCCAGUUGGGGGACUGCGCCUGGAAACUGUCAUGGAGGUCCUGCUGCAGAGGCAGCAGACUGCCAGACUGGCCCAGGGGGUGGGGCCUUUGGCCCCUCCACGCCCACUGCAGCCACCGAGGCAUUCCUUGUCGGGACACCUGCCUCACUUGCUGGGCCACCAGACCCCACAGGCCCCUCAGGGGGCUUUUGGGGAGGUUGCUGCUGAGGAAGUGGAGGAUCCUGAAGAGGAUGAGGAAGAGGAGGAAGCCGAAACUGGGACAGAAGAGAAAGCAGCUGAGAGCCGUCCAGGAGCCCAGGGUCCUAACUCACCUUCCAAUCAAGCCCCUGGACCGCAUCCUCAUGAGUGGACUUAUGAAGAACAGUUCAAACAGCUAUAUGAGCUUGAUGCAGACCCUAAAAGGAAGGAAUUUCUGGAUGACCUGUUUAGUUUCAUGCAAAAGAGGGGGACGCCAGUGAACCGCGUGCCCAUCAUGGCGAAGCAGGUGCUGGACCUGUACGCGCUGUUUCGCCUAGUGACGGCCAAGGGCGGCCUGGUGGAAGUCAUCAACCGCAAGGUGUGGCGGGAGGUCACUCGCGGCCUCAGUCUCCCCACCACCAUCACAUCGGCAGCCUUCACUCUGCGCACCCAGUACAUGAAGUAUCUGUACCCGUACGAGUGCGAGACACGCGCGCUCAGCUCACCCGGGGAGCUCCAAGCUGCGAUCGACAGCAACCGGCGCGAGGGUCGGCGCCAGGCUUACCCUCCCGCCCCGCUCUACUGCCUGGCCGGACCGCCCCCUCGGGGCACUGUGGGCCCCGCCCCCGCAUCUGGCCCCGCCCCUCCCCCGCCCACUUCCUGGCCACGCCCCGAACAGGGCCCCGCCUCUGGCUUGCCGGCGCACGCCUGCGCACAACUGAGUCCGAGCCCUAUUAAGAAAGAGGAAAGUGGAAUUCCAACCCCUCGACUGGCGCUGCCUGUGGGCCUGGCCUUGGGACCUGUACGGGAGAAACUGGCACCGGAGGAGCCCCCAGAGAAGAGGGCUGUGCUCAUGGGGCCCAUGGACCCACCUCGGCCUUGUUUCCUUCCCCAUGGCAAGGUUCCCUUGAGGGAAGAACGGCUGGAUGGGCCUCUUAAUCUGGCAGGCAGUGGUAUCAGCAGUAUCAACAUGGCCCUAGAGAUCAACGGGGUGGUCUACACUGGUGUCCUUUUUGCCCGCCACCAGCCUGUGCCAGCUUCCCAGUGCCCAACCAACCCUACACCCCUGGACCCUACAGGGCCGAACCCUUCUAGCACCUCACCCUGAGAACUCCUACAUGGAAUUAUGAGUUCUAGCCCCAUUGCUGAGUGGGGAAGAAACAGUCCCUACACCUUGAUUUUUCCAGGGUGCCCACUGUAAAACCCAGCCCUGUGAGGUGACCACUAUUCCCCUUGCCAUGUAGACUUGAAGCCAGAGAGCUUUCCUUUGCUGUCACAUCUACCUCAUUGUAAAGGGAGGGCACCACCUCUUGGCCAAGUUUAGCAGCAUCUACCAAAGAGUUCUGCCACCCCAGAAAUUUCCACCAUCUCAUUAUAUGCACCCCUGUGUCAAUAUUAUCUCUAGGAAUCUACCUCUUUGAGUCAGACCUGUUUCUCUUUAGAAGCCAGGUGAAGGGUUGGGAUGGGGUGUUGUGAAAGAGAUGUUCCUCGGGUCACAUCUGACAAUAAAGUUGAAGUCUCCCUC